GGGAGGGAGAGAGAGAGAGAAAGAAAGAGUGUGUGAGUGAGCAACGCUUUGAGGAACAGACCAAGAGGAAGAAAACUGAUAAAAUAAGGGCUUUGCUCUCCUCCUUGACACAUCUCAUCAUCCUCCUCUCCUCUGGAGGAAUUCACUCGAGAGGAGGAGAGAAAACACCCAAGUUGACGAACUUUGCACAUCUUCAGGAAACGCCAUUUUGAUUCCUCUCCGGAACAACUUUAGCUGUUUCUGCUGGUUUCUUUUUUCCUCCUCGGCCCAUCACUCCCAUCACCAUGUCGAGGCGAAAGCAGCCCAACCCCAACAAAGUGAAACUGUGAGCCGUGGGUGCUGACACUCAAGGUGCAGCCGUCCCUGUCCCAGCUCCAGAUUAAUACAGCCUCGUUGGAGGACGGUGAUGGAGAGUUCAGUGGAGGAGAAAAAAGCAGGGGAGAUGCUCAGUUCCACCCUUGGCACCAAAGAGACCAAGCAGAAGGAGGAGACAGAGAGAGCCGUCCCCACACAGACACGAGAGAAACACACUGAGAGUCCGAGAAAAUCGGAGGAGAGAAUGGCAGAACAGUCAGACGGAGAGAUCCGAGCGGACAGAGGGAUAGAUGGAGCGGACGGAGUAGACCUGUCCUCCAUUAACUCAAUGAUGGACACUGUGAUGAAAGCAGCUCAGCUAAAUGGGGAAGUGGAGGCGGCGUCAACCGCUUGCACCAAGACCACCAUCAAGAGCCCUGGCGGCAGCCGAAAUGCCAGGAAGAACCAGGAAGCCAAAGAUAACAGCUCUUCUCUCAUCUGUCCACUGUGUGACAAGAACUGUCAAACCCAGCACCAGUUUACGAUGCAUAUUCGCCAGCAUAAUUCUGAUACUGGAGCGACAGAUCACUCCUGCAGUAUCUGUGGAAAGUGCCUCAGCUCAGCCAGCUCUCUAGACCGUCACAUGCUGGUGCAUAGUGGGGAGAGGCCCUACAAAUGCAGUGUGUGUGGCCAGACCUUCACCACCAACGGCAACAUGCACAGGCACAUGAAGAUCCAUGAUAAAGAUCCAGCAAUCUCCAUUCCCACCAGCCCUCCAUCACCUAUCAAACGGAGACGCUCUUCUGCCGCCAAGAGGAAACCCAGCCAUGAUGACGAUGCAGAGCGAGCUGAUGAGCCUGCUAGCAAAAGGGUUGUGGAAGACAGUGGAGUGGAUGAGCAGGCGCCGAGUAAAGGGCAAGAGGAGCUACUGCCAUGCCCCAUUUGCUUCAAGACCUUCAACUCCAAAAAUGACUUAGAGGCCCAUAUGGACACCCAUCCUGACACUACACUCAGGUGUGAGCUCUGCUGCAUCUCAUUUCGGACACAUCGAGGUUUUCUUCGGCACAAUGCGGCAAUCCAUAAGCAGCUGCCAACUGACCCUAAUGGACGCCCAUUUAUUCAGAACAACCCCUCCAUACCCCUUGGCUUUAAUGACCUGGCUUUUAUUGACUUUUCCUGCCACAAGUUCCCUCACAUUGCCCAGGUUUGGUGUGAAACCAACUUACGUCGCUCCACCAGCAACUUUCACAGCUUUGUGUGUGAGACCUGUGACAAAGCUUUCCCUUUGCACUCAGCUCUAGACCUGCACAAGUCCACGCAUGAGACUUCUGAAGUCACACAAGAGUCUGUUUCUCCCCAGCCCUCUAGUGCCGAGUCUCCUGUGUCAGAAAAAAUUAAUUUUAUGGAUUCCUUGGGUUUGCAACACAUCUCUCAGGCCAAACCUGUACUAUCAGAAGAGGACAUUUUGCAGGCAAAGCUGGAUAGCAUCCGAGUCAUCCAUGUGGAGCCAUCAUCAGCCCAGCAGGAGGCUGGCUUUCUUGAUGGACUUGGCCUGUCCCUUGUAGAUCCCUGCUCUCUUCGGGGUCUUUCCCAGCGUGAGGCUCUUAAACUCCUAUCCCUACAGCCCUUCCAGGCUGGUUUUCUUGUUCAGCCGGAUGGCGGGGUGGUAGUAAAGCCAGUAAGUGAGACUGGAGUAGAACUAGCUGACAUACAGCAGAUACUCAAAGUGGCCUCUGCUGCCCCAAAGCAGAUCAGCCUCCCACCCUUGUCCAAGGCACCGUGCAGUGCAAUGCAGACAGGCUAUAAGCAGAUGCCCCCACUCAAACCAAAGCCCCUGGUGGCCCCCAGGACAAACAUGGCAGCCUCGACCCCUCCUCCCCUUGUGAGCACCCAGCAGGCAUCACUAGGCUGCAUAAGCCCCAGCUUACCACCCCCUGCUGCCCAUCCCCUGAAAGCUGGCAAGGAAUUGCCACAGUCCUCGUCCUCAUCAUCAUCUACUUGCAACCAGGCAUCGAUGGAAAGAAUGCACAUGGAGGCAGAGUGCAUGGGUGAUGCCCACACACCUAUGGAUGUGGAUGAACAACAGAUCAAGCAGGAAGAUGACAAGACAGGACAAGAGACCUCUGGAAAGAAGGGAGCAGCUCGCAAAGGCUCUUACCCAUGCCGGCUUUGCGACCAGGUAUUUGCAUAUUCUGGGGUACUGCAGGCACACAUGCGCUAUCACCUGGGCAUCUUGCCCCACCAGUGCAAUAUCUGUGACUAUGUAGCUCCUGACAAGGCCACGCUGAUCCGUCAUCUGCGAACCCACAGUGGAGAGCGGCCUUACGUCUGCCGUGUCUGCCAUUACCCAUUUACCGUAAAGGCCAAUUGUGAGCGUCAUCUUCGCAAGAAGCACAUGAAGAACACUCGUAAGGAGAUAGAGAAAAAUAUAAAGUAUGUUGCAUCCACUUCCACACCUGAUGCACUGGACCAGGCAGGUUCAGGUGACACUACAUGUCGAGUCUGCGGCGAGGACCUAAAGACCUACCGAGCACUACAAAUCCACCUGCGUACUCAUAACGGUUUCCAGCGGAAGCCAUUUGAGUGCAAACGUUGUGGAGCAGCCUUCCUGGCCAAACGGAACUGUAUCCACCACCUGCUGAAACAGCACCCAGAGGUCCAAGAACAGGACAUAGAAGAUCAUAUCGUCACUGCUCCAUCUCAGACCAGUCCUAAUCCCUCUCCACAGAAUGGAGUAUCACCAAGCACUCCUGUGCUUCCCAUCAAAGUGGAGGACCUAAGCUUCUACAGUACAGAUCCUGAACAACCACUGGACUUCUCAAAUAAAAGCAGAGGAGGUAGCAGCGCUGGAAGCACGGGUGGCUCUCCUGGAAUCAAGAUGGAAGCUUCCUCUUACGACAGUUCUAUGGAGCCCAUUGAUCUCUCCAUUCCCAAGAAUCCUGAGAAGAAGAUGAAGGGAGAGAAUGAUGCCACGUUGCGAAAGGAAGUUAAAAAGGAGCAGCCAUGCCUCAACACUCUUGCCCAGGGCCUCCAGGCAGUUAAGUCCACUGAGGAGAAGUCCCAGCAGUUUGGCUGCUACCAGCUUCCGGUAGCUUUGACAACUCUUAGUGCAGUCAGUGCUACGGGUCGAGCUUUGCGGCUAAAGCCCCUUCUUCCUAAACCCACUGUUACCGGUGUAAAGGAGCUACCCCCAUUGGCCUCCAUCGCCCAGAUCAUCUCUUCUGUCUCUGGGGCUCCUGACCUCCUGAAGCGGGAAAACCCUAACAACUAUCCACCUAGUUCUGAUUUAUCCUGUAAACAGGAGGUCAUAGACUCCUCAGUAGAGGAGCUUCCCCUAGAGGGCUCCAAGAAGGCAUGCAAGAAAAGGCCAGCCAUCAACACAGGGAAGGAGAAGUCUAUGAUGAAUAUCACCGACACCAAUAUUGACCUAGAGUCCAGCGGGGAAUUUGCCAGUGUAGAGAAGAUGCUGGCAACUACUAAUGCCAACAAGUUUAGCACAUAUUUGCAGACCAAUCCAAUUGAAGUAGGAAGGAAGGAAGAACAACCUUGUGUGACUGAAAAGAGAGAGGCUAAAGAUGAAAAACAGCUGCCAGCUAAGCAGACCCCACAGUCCCAGCAGUCCAAAGGGAAAAAGAAUGCAUACUCAAACUCUGUGCAAAAGAUGACCUGUCCUUUCUGUCCCAGAGUCUUUCCAUGGGCAAGUUCUCUGCAACGCCAUAUGCUGACGCACACAGGUCAGAAGCCAUACCCCUGCCCCAAAUGUGAAGCCCUGUUCUCAACCAAGUCCAACUGUGAGCGCCAUCUUUUGCGUAAACAUGGUGUAACCAACAGAAUCCUCCGACAUAAUGGUGCCAUAUCCAAACCCAAGGAGGCAGAGGAGGGCUCACAAGAGAGUGCAGAGAGCAUGUCUGAGACCGAGCUCCCUAGUGGUGAAGCUGUAGAUCUUACAAAUUCGAGACCUGAAAAGCCAACUGCAUCUGAUGCAGAGAAGCCCUCACCAGCCAAGCCGACAGAAGCAGCUGUAGUAAAGCCCCUUGUCCACCAGGUGGAGCCAGAUAAUGAGCUGGUGGAGAGAACAACCAUAGAGAAUGACGAUGACGAUUCCCACAGCAAUAAAAGCUUGGACCUGAACUUUGCCUGCAAACUGAUCGACUUUAAAUUCUCUGAAGGGGAACAGCCGCAGUCCUCUCCUGCUGCGGAUGCUGAUUCACACGAACGAGCACCACUGGACGAGUCCAAGCUAACCUGCAAGAACUGCAACAAGAGCUUCCGUUAUGCUGCCACUCUUGCAAGACAUGAAAAAGUUCACCUCUUGGAAAGUAUUGCCGACACACCUAAUUUAAACUCCAAAGUUUCUGAGGCAGCCGAGUCUUGCGAACUGAAGAAAGAAGAAGCAGAACAGGAUGUGGAGAAAGAGGAGCAAAAGGGGACCGCAGAGAGUGAAGGAGCAGGUAGCGUAAUGGACAGUGGCUCUGAGGAGGACAAGGAAGAGAGGAGUGAUGAAGAGGGAGGUGCAACUGAACCAAAGAGUGGUGACGGUGAGGCUGGGCCGUCCAGAAACAAAACUGACAAGAGGAAGAAAAUAUGCAGUGUUUGUAGCAAACGCUUCUGGAGCCUUCAGGACCUGACGAGACACAUGCGCUCUCACACAGGUGAACGGCCAUACAAGUGUCAAACCUGCGAGCGCACGUUCACCCUGAAACACAGCUUGGUCAGGCAUCAGCGGAUCCACCAGAAACCCCGUGGGGCAGAUGGAGAGGGCUCAACGGGUGGGGUCACGGGUAGAGCUGGCGACGAGGAGGGAUUCAGUGGCCCAUCCGCAAGCGAGGGAGAAUGCACCCCCACCAGCACCAACCCUCCUUCUGAGAAUGAAAGUGAAGGCAUGGAAACCAUUAAGGAGGGUCCAUGCUCACAGGAGAAAGAUAUCAAAUCUUCCUCUGCAGCUAAGGAGCCAGAAGUACUGAAGAAGGGACGUGAAGGUGAAGAUGCCUCUGUGACAAAGAAGACAGAGCCGGAACCGGCAGCAGAGAACCUCCAACCCAAAGAACCGCCAAAAGAAGAGCAACCUACAAAGUCGCCCACCACCGUCACAGCAUUAGAGCAGCCAGAGGGAUUCCUACAAGGCCUGUUGGAGAUGCACUCAAAGCCCAACACUGAGCACAUCAUUUCCACCAGUGAGCCCCCCAUGCUGGGGGUAGAGUGAAGACCACCCUUUUCUCCAGUGCCCUCUGGCGGUAAAGCAGAGCGCACUCUAGAGGCUGUGCCAUACAAUUAAAGUACAUUUGUGAUACAAAACGUUUUUAAAAAAGAAACAAAGAUGAACUUUCCAAGUGCCUUUCUACUUUUUGCUAUAUCUUUAUCUAAUACCAGAUGAUCUAGUUGAUUUUUUUAGAAUAUUUUAUAAAGAUAUUUUUUUUGCAAUCCUGAGUGAAAUCGCAUUAAGCAAUAAAACAAUUUAGCAUAAUGAUUUGUAUGAUUGACUGAAUACAGAAUGGUCGUAUUAUAUGGUGAACCAGCAGAGGCUGAAAACAAGCUACUGAGACUACUAUGUCAAGGCUUGUACAUGCGAGCAUAACUGGAAUAUAACGUUAGCUUACUCUUCAAAGGGCUGUUUCACAGACUCACUUGUACCCUUUAGAUUCUUCAGUGAUAGGCCUCCAGAGUAUCUAAAACUGAUGAACUGUUAUGCUUUUUUUGUAUUUUGUAAUGGAGGGUGCAUAGAGUUGCAGAGGCUUCAGCAGGAAAGGCAAAGCUGCAGCCAGACAUUGCGGAUUGCCCUUCACAGAGCGGUGUGCAAGAACUCUUUUUCUUCGUAAAAAUAAAAUAUAUGGGCAAUAUUUGCCUGAAGUAUCAUGAAUCUCACAGCUACGCUGACCGUGUCAGACAUCCUGUUUGAACCUUCAGUUUUUGGAAGAAAGUGAAGGACAGGAGUUUUUACUGAGGGAACUGCAGUGUUUUUAAUCGAAAGGGCUUGAGAAUUGCUUUCCCUCUAAACCAAGAAACCAGUAUCACCAACAAAAAACAAGGCCCACAUGAACAGAUCUAAUGUAUCUGACAAAAAAAAUGAUAGGGUCAUACGUCCAGGUUUAAUGUCUUCCAAAACCCUUGUACUUUAAGCCUUACUAGUGUUUCUUCAUAGUUUUUAGGUAGGCCUAUUUCAGCCUGUUGGGCAAACACUAGUCUGUAUUUUCUUUUUCCAUUGAUGUGUACUUGAAAACUGUCACCCUGCUGCCUCCUAGUUUUGGAUUUGGCGCCAGUUGUGGGUCCAUCAACCUUCUGAGCUCCUCUCCUGGUAGGAUCUCGAGUCAAUCGCAUUAGCAUUUCUGGUGUUGGGUAUAAAAAUAGAUAUAUCUGUGUUUUUUGUUUCUUUCUCUUCUCUCGAUUGUGUGAACCUCAGACUCAAACAAAGCAAACCUCAAAAGGCAUGGAGACAAGUAACGCCAAUGGACUGUUAGUUAUGAUGGACACCUCUCCUGUUUUCUGGACCAGCCAUCAGCUGACUGGAUGAUUCCCACUGACUGGUGUGUAACAACAGGAAACUUUGGAUAACGGAAAGUUUGUGGUGAUGGGCUGCAUGAAACAGAGUAUUAACAAGCGAGGCUUUUUUGGGUAAGUGAUGGGGAAACAAGUAUGGAUGUCGUUUUUCCUUACCAUGAAGGGCCACUGUCCUCUAGUGGUGAACACUAGUAUUUCCCCAACUCUGUUUGUCAGGCACAAGGCUAGUAUUGAAUGAACUUGAAUGAAAAAUGCAAUCACUUUCUCAAUCUGUAUAUUGAAUUCUGGGACUCAGCUUCUCCUAAUGCCUUUUCCUGGGUUGGUGUGUGUGAGAGAAUGUACUGCGUGUGUAUACAUGCGCUCGGGUGUGUGUAUGUGUGUAGGGAUUUCUGUUGAGAAUGCACACAGACUGUUUUAAAUGUAUUUAUUGUAACCCAGUGUGGGUAAAGAAGUAAACCGUGGAGAAGCCAUGUGUAUUAACGCGAUUAUGCUGCAGAGAGAAAUGAUUCAGAUUCAAUACAUAGUGCCCCAGCUUAGAACUGGGUCUUUCCUAGCAAUAAUCACUAUUGAUCCAAAAGCUUUAUGUAGAUGUUUUGUAUGUGUUUUAUAGACUGUGUGGUCUUUUUUCCCCCUGUUUUUGCCAUCAUUAUCACUAUUAUAUCAGUUUGGCUGAGAGGUAUGAGUUCUGUUUUCUUUGAUUAUAUAUUGCAUAUAAAACUGUGAAAUUUGUUAUUCUGCUAUGGGUGAAUCUUUAGGAUAGUUUUGCAUGUUAACCUUUUUAUGUUGUUUAAUUAUGGGUGUUUUUUUUUUUUUUUUUUUCCUGUUCCCCCUCCCACACUGUCUUGCUCUCAGGGUUUUUAUGAAAUGCUUAUUCAAAAUUAUAAUUUUUUUUCUUCCUGAGUUGCAAAAAUUCUCCCCCACUUUUGAUUACUUUUUAUUUUUGAACAAGUCGAACUGUCAAUCACUACUUUUAGCACUUGACUGUGAAUUAAAACGAGUGGGGAAGGAUUCACUGAAUCCAAGCAAACCCACAUUCCUCUCAUCUUGCAUUUUUUCCCCAUGUUUCUCCAGUCUUUUUUCCACACUCCUGGUUCCUUCUCUGUCACUUCAUGAGAAAAAGAAACUAAAAUAUCUAGGCUGGCCUACAAAAUGGCAGAUUUGUCACUGUCUGAAGUUCUGACCGAUAUCAAAGGGAGCUUUGCAUCGCUGCUACACACACACACACACACACACACACAGACACAAUAAUUGUACUGGACUUGAAUGGAACCGGCAUCAUCAGAGAGUAUUUUGGUACACUACUCCUGUUCUUCAAAUGAGUGCUUCAAAUUCAGAGAUGUAAGCUGUUCUAUAUCAAAACUAUUAAAGCAAUAAAGUCCUAUUAAAA